GGAGGAGGUUGCGGCGGGUUUGAAAGCAGCAGUUUCCUGGCAGCUCGGGCAGGCGUUGGUCCGGGCUCUCCCGCUCCGCAGCGGCCGCGAUCGAUCCGGCGCCGGGUCUGCGCGCGCUUCUGCGCGCCCGCGCCCGAGCUUUAGCGUCCGGGCGGGCGCCUCGCCUCCCCGCCCCCUGCCUCAGCCUUUCCCGCCGCUCCGGCGCCGAGCCCGGGACCCGCCGCCGGCCGGGACCGCGCCCGAACCCCAGGGUACCGUUCCUGCCCCCGGCAGGCAGCCGGCCGGGCGCGGGCGGGGAGGGGCGUCCGCGGGCGGCGAGCGGGGGGCGGCCCGCGCGGCGCGGGCUCUCCCCAUGGUGCGGCGGGCUCCGGGAUGUCGAAGACGCUGAAGAAGAAGAAGCACUGGCUGAGCAAGGUGCAGGAGUGCGCGGUGUCCUGGGCCGGCGCCGGGGACUGGGGCGCCGAGAUCCGGGGCGGCGCGGAGCGCGGCGAGUUCCCCUACGUGGGGCGGCUCCGCGAGGAGCCCGGCGGGGGCACCUGCUGCGUGGUCUCAGGCAGGGCGCCCGCGCCCGGGGACGUGCUGCUGGAGGUGAACGGGACGCCCGUCAGCGGGCUCACGCACCGGGACACGCUGGCUGUCAUCCGCCACUUCCGCGAGCCUGUCCGCCUCAAGACGGUGAAGCCAGGAAAAGUCAUCAAUAAAGACUUGCGACAUUACCUGAGUCUUCAGUUUCAGAAAGGCUCAAUUGACCACAAACUGCAGCAGGUGAUCAGAGACAAUCUUUACUUGAGAACCAUUCCAUGUACUACCAGGGCUCCCAGGGAUGGCGAAGUACCAGGAGUCGACUAUAACUUUAUUUCUGUUGAACAGUUCAAAGCACUGGAGGAGAGUGGAGCAUUAUUAGAAAGUGGAACAUAUGAUGGGAACUUCUAUGGGACUCCCAAACCUCCAGCAGAGCCCAGCCCUUUCCAGCCUGACCCAGUUGACCAGGUUCUCUUUGAUAAUGAGUUUGACACUGAAUCCCAAAGAAAACGAACUACAUCUGUCAGCAAAAUGGAAAGAAUGGACAGUUCUCUUCCUGAAGAGGAAGAAGAUGAGGACAAGGAAGCUGUUAAUGGUAGUGGAAAUGCAGCAGAAACUAGAGAGAGGCUUUCCGAACCAUCUGACUGGAUGAAGACGAUCCCAAGUUACAACCAAACCAGCAGCUCCAUGGACUUUAGAAAUUAUAUGAUGAGAGAUGAGAAUCUGGAACCACUGCCCCCUAAUUGGGAAAUGGCCUAUACCGACACAGGGAUGAUCUACUUCAUUGACCAUAAUACCAAGACAACCACCUGGCUGGAUCCUCGCCUUUGUAAGAAAGCCAAAGCCCCUGAAGACUGUGAAGACGGAGAACUUCCUUAUGGCUGGGAGAAAAUAGAGGACCCUCAGUAUGGAACGUACUAUGUUGAUCAUCUUAACCAGAAAACCCAAUUUGAAAACCCUGUGGAGGAAGCCAAAAGGAAAAAGCAAUUAGGACAAGCCGAUAUCGGGUCUUCAAAACCAGAUACAGAAAAGUCACACUUCACUCGUGAUCCCUCUCAGCUAAAAGGUGUGCUUGUUCGAGCAUCUUUAAAAAAAAGCACAAUGGGAUUCGGCUUUACCAUCAUCGGCGGGGAUCGGCCUGAUGAGUUUCUGCAGGUGAAGAACGUGCUGAAGGAUGGGCCUGCGGCUCAGGACGGGAAGAUGGCUCCAGGUGAUGUUAUUGUAGAUAUCAAUGGCAGCUGUGUCCUGGGUCACACCCAUGCAGAUGUUGUCCAGAUGUUUCAGUUGGUACCUGUCAAUCAGUAUGUAAACCUCACUCUGUGCCGUGGAUAUCCACUUCCUGAUGACAAUGAAGACACAGUGGCAGACGUUAUCACUGCCACUCCGGCCAUCAAUGGGCAGCCAUUAACCAAGGGAGAGACUUGCAUGAAUACUCAGGAGUGUAAAUCAGGAACAGUGACUCUGGACCAGAAUGGAAAAUCAGGACACACCUUGCUCAGUGAUCGUCUCAAUGGACCAUCAGAUCCCAGCGAGCAGAGAGCAUCCAUGGCCUCCUCAGGGGGUUCCCAGCCUGAGCUUGUGACUAUCCCUCUGGUGAAAGGCCCAAAAGGCUUUGGGUUUGCAAUUGCUGACAGCCCCACUGGACAGAAAGUGAAAAUGAUCUUGGAUAGUCAGUGGUGCCAGGGCCUACAGAAGGGGGAUAUCAUUAAGGAAAUUUACCAUCAAAAUGUGCAGAAUCUGACACACCUCCAGGUGGUAGAGGUGCUGAAGCAGUUCCCAGUGGGUGCAGAUGUGCCGUUGCUGAUCCUGAGAGGAGGUCCUCCUUCACCAACAAAAACUACCAAAAUGAAAACGGAUAAGAAAGAAAAUUCUGGAAGUUUGGAGGCCAUAAAUGAGCCUCUUCCCCAGCCUAUGCCUUUCCCACCCAGCAUUGUCAGAUCAGGAUCCCCCAAACUGGAUCCUUCUGAGGUCUACCUGAAGUCUAAGACUUUAUAUGAAGAUAAACCUCCAAACACCAAAGACCUGGAUGUCUUUCUUCGAAAGCAGGAAUCAGGGUUUGGCUUCAGGGUGCUUGGAGGAGACGGGCCUGACCAGUCUAUAUAUAUCGGCGCCAUCAUUCCUCUGGGGGCCGCUGAGAAGGAUGGUCGGCUGAGAGCGGCAGAUGAGCUGAUGUGCAUUGAUGGGAUUCCUGUCAAGGGGAAAUCCCACAAGCAAGUCCUUGACCUCAUGACGACUGCUGCGCGGAAUGGCCAUGUGCUGCUGACCGUGAGGAGGAAGAUCUUCGCCGCAGAAAAAGCAGCCGAGGAUGAGAGAGCGGCUCCUGUCACAUCAGCACAGAGUGGGUCUCCCCGCCUGGCCCGGCCAGCCCCCCACGAUGCCUACGAUGUGGUCUUGCAACGAAAGGAGAACGAAGGAUUUGGCUUUGUUAUCCUCACCUCUAAGAGCAAGCCCCCUCCCGGAGUUAUUCCUCAUAAAAUCGGCCGAGUCAUAGAAGGAAGUCCUGCGGAUCGCUGUGGCAGGUUGAAAAUCGGCGAUCACAUCUCAGCAGUGAAUGGGCAGUCCAUCGUUGAGCUGUCCCACGACAACAUAGUCCAGCUGAUCAAAGAUGCCGGAGUCAGCGUCACACUGACAGUCAUUCCAGAGGACGAGCAUCACGGUCCAUCAUCAGGAACAAACUCAGCCCGGCAAAGCCCAGCCCUGCCACAUAGGCCUGUGGGACAGUCCCAGGUCAACCACCUACCUGGGGACAGAAGCACCCUAGAAGGUGAUGGUGGAAAAGGCGAUGCCUCAGUGACGUACAGACAUUCGUGGUCCGACCACCGGCAACUUGCACAGCCUGACACAGCGGUGAUCUCGGUGGUGGGCGGCUGGCACGGGCAGAGCCUUGGCUGUUACCCGGUGGAACUGGAGCGAGGCCCCCGGGGCUUUGGAUUCAGCCUCCGAGGCGGGAAGGAGUACAACAUGGGGCUCUUCAUCCUGCGGCUGGCUGAGGAUGGCCCUGCUAUCAAGGAUGGCAGGAUUCAUGUUGGUGACCAGAUUGUUGAAAUCAAUGGAGAACCUACACAAGGCAUCACACAUACACGCGCAAUCGAGCUCAUUCAGGCCGGUGGAAAUAAAGUUCUUCUUCUUUUGAGGCCGGGAACUGGCUUGAUACCUGACCAUGGUGUUUGGGAUAGUAAUCCUUCAUCUCCAAAUGUGAUUUAUGAUGAACAGUCACCAUUUUCCCCAUUUCCACAUUCUGCUUCUACAUAUGAAGAGUCUCAUGUACUAGUAACUGAGGAAUCUUUAACAAGAGUUCAGAUAUGUGAAAAAGCAGAAGAGUUAAAGGACACUGUGCCUGAAAAGAAAAGCACUUUAAAUGAAAAACAGCAUGAUGAAAAGCAUCAGUCUCUUCUCCAGAAAAAUGUGAAUAAAAGGGACUCACCCCACAGUCAUGGGCACAGUGACAAAAAACAUCUCUUACAAGUCGAGAAUAGUCUUACACGUAGAGGUCGAUCUGCUAGUCCCCCAAAUCCAGCCAGUCUCUCUUUGGAGGGUCAUUUAGAAAAGAGUCCCUGUCAGCUCCAAAAUGAGCUGAAAAGAAAACCCAGAGAUAAGUCCCUCAGUCCUAGGAAAGGGGAGAAUAAAAGUUGUGGGGUUGGCACCCACGCAGGUUCUGGACAAGAUCACUGCAGAAAAGGCAGAGGACGUUCUUCAAGCCCCAAGAAGCAGCAAAAAAUGGAAGGAAACAAAGACAGAGCAAAUGCUGACGCCAAAUUCUCAGAGCUCGAGAGGCAAAGAAUGGAGGCCUGCGCCAGUGACAGAGCCGAGCAGGUCCUGGCUAGGAAAGGAAAAGCAGGCGUUAUCGGGAAAGAUGGGAAGCAGAGCCACCCUGGGAAAAACAGGACAAGGUCUCCAGAGAAAAGACCCAAGAGAAUGGAUGAGAAGUCUCUCCCACCCAAAAAGACUAGUGCUGCUACUAGUAGUAGAGCAAUGCCAGAAAAUGAAAAGGGACGGAAAGCAACCUCAGGAGAAAUGAGUUCCAGUAAAGAGAGAACGGGAGAAAAUAUCCAUGUUUCAGAAAAGAAGCUGAGGCAGGAGCCUGAAGGAAAAACGGUGUUAACCCCAACAGAGGCUCACAGAGAAGCCACUGACAAAAAUAGAGAGAGCGGAGGGCUCAAACCAGAAAGCGCUCCCCUGGCUAAGAAAACACAAAUUACCCCUGGGCCCUGGAAGGUGCCAAGUGCAAAUAAAGCGGCUGGCACUGCCGGGGUGACGGAGAAGCGGCUGUGACCUUUAGUGUAAAACAGAAGAAAAGAAAAGAUAAUCUCUCCUUCCUGAAAAGCAGCAUUUUUCCCCCAAAGUGUCUUCUAUUUAAUGGAAAUUCUGAAAUGAAUGUCAGCACAUUUUGAGCUUCAAGUGACCAGGCUGCAUGAAGGGUCUAGGAUUGCUUGAGCCUGGUCUGCCACUGGCCACCUUCCCCACUCGCUAACCUCACGUGCCAGCCUCCGCUGAGGCAGCCUAGCCGUCCCAUGAGCAUCCUGACAACUGACAUCUGUGGAGAGCAACAGUGCGUUCACACUCACUUUGUAUUUGUGCCAAGUUAAUCUACUGUAUCAUGUCGAAUUUACCCUUCUCAGAUAUUCCCACUGUGAUGAAAACAUAGGUUUGGCUUGGAAGCUCAUAUUCUCAAUAGCAUGUUGCAUGUGUACAGAGAGACUGAAUUCGUGCAGGAGACUUCACUCAUCAUUAACCAUGGCAGCUGCCUCUACUGACGAUGGCCCAGGUUAAAAGCUAAAUUUCCAAACAUCACUAUUUAAGGGGGGGGGGGGGGG